GAUGGACUGCAUCUGACGCCGGAAGGAAACGCCCUGGUCCACAAGGAGGUCGUGCAGGCCUUGAGAGGAGCUGGUCUGAAACCUGAAGAUAUGCCGCACGACUUCCCUCAUCAUUCCAAAAUCGAUGGAAUUCACCCAGAAAAGGCCUUCCAGUGAGGCGGCAUGUUGAUGCGGCGCCUCGGGCGAUCGGGUGCUGGAUUGUUUCGGUAUCGGAUUCCACAGCGUCGAUUACAGACCUUCCACUUUGUGGUUGAUGCUGAAGGCUUUUGUGCGGGGCUAGAAUGGCCACAUCUGUUGCUACGUCCUGUUACCUAUUUUUUCUCAGUAAUAAAACAGUAUUCUUGGGUAGGCAGGGUACCGUAGCUGAAGAAUUGUCGAGAACCUGAAGCAUGUUUGCUCAAGAUCUUUUGUCAUCUCUCCUUUGCAUGCCAAAAAAAUCUCUCCUUUGCUGCUUUGCAGGAACAUGACGUGUGUACAUCCACUUUGCCCUCGUCGCAACAUUGGAAUUUGUGCCUUGCAAAAAAGAAUUCGCUUGUUUUAGACACUUUUUCUAACUCUAGACUAGGGGAUCCAGAUGGCCGACCUCUGAGUGUGCAGCUAUCAUGUGCUUUUACCAUCUCAUGGUUCAUCCAGAGGUCUCCCUUCUCUUUCCGCAGUGAUGCUCAUUGUCAUCUUUGUCAUUUGUUCAAAGGUUUUCCACUCUUUUUUGGGGUCUGAAGAGUAGGUAAAAUAUUUGCCAGAUCAACUUUUGCAUCAUUGUUGAUCUAUGAUGUGGGGGGAAACGGUGUGCUGUCGACGAAUGAGCUUCAGGUGCGUCUUCUUUUGGGCUGGAAUAUAUCUAAGAUUUGGGUCGCAAAACACGUGUCGGCCUGUGGUUACAUGUGAAGGUUGCAUGGGGCUAGUUGGUACUCCCAUCAUUCUAUAGUACAUAGUGUAUACAGAUUUGAUUCAAAAGUCAAAAGUUGCAAAUUUAGACCAGGUUUAUGGAGAAUGGCAAAUACAUACCAUUAGGUACAUCAUUGUGUCAUUUUCAUUUUUUCAAUAAAGAAUACUCCCUCUGUCCCAAAAUAAGUGUCUCAAUUUUGUACUAGCUCUAGUACAAAUUUGUACUAAGCUCAAGACACUGAUUUUGGGAGGGAGGGAGUAUAUAUUAAUAUCGCGAAGAUACCAAUUACACCAAAAAGUAAAAUGUCUUGAGUUUUUUUAUACAAGUUUACAUGCCUGAAGUUGGUCUUGGUGGCAUGCACUUGCAAUUAAGUUUCACAUCAGCAUCCAAGAUCCAGUAAUUUUUGUAUCCACCUCUCUCCGUAUGGAAUUUAAACUUACACCGUUGGUCGCUAAAUUGCCCAUUUUAAAUCUUAUGCUAAUUAAAAUAUUUUCUCAAAUUCUUUUUUCUUUGCAUAUUUGGUUUGUUUUAAGUCAAACCUUUUAAAUUUUGAUCAAACUUAUGAAAAAAAUACCAACAUUCAUCAUACUAGAUCGGCCAUUUGGUUGGUUUGGAGUAUUUAUUUAGCAUUGUACAGUAGAUGUUAGUAUUUUUUUAAUACAAAUCCUACUAUUAAAUUUGACUUCAAAAAGUAAUACUAUCAAAGUAAAAAAGAAACGGAGGAAAUAUGAAAUUUUAGUUAACCCCGAAACUUUAGUUGGAGACGCGUCGAAACAUCGAUCUCAUGGGAGAGCAGUGCUACUGCUGGCAAAUAUGCCGGAGUUUUGUGAUGCCAUCGCGUGUCCUCUUCCGACGGAAAGGGCGGUUGCAUGCAGCGGCAGCGCGGGCGUGUCUCCGUUGGUUUUCUUCCACCUCAUCACCGACCUCCUGCUGUGCCAUGUCUCGUCAAUGGCGCCGCUCCGCGUGUCGCCUCGCCAUUCCUCGCGCUCUCUUCCCACCACUCGUCCUGCACCGGCACUGCGUCGGGAGCAGUAACUCAUUAAUAAAGCCACCGCCCAUCGAGGUACAGGACGAAGAAGAGAACUCGAUCUCAUGUCUCAGCUCCACCCGCGUGGAUAAGCUCGUGCUCUGCUCUCCCUCCCAGACACAUCACGAUCUUCUGUACCGAGCUCGCGGGGAGGAAACCAGCUGCCGCUUCGAUCUCUCUCGACCAUGGCUGCGCGAGCACUGACCGCCGCCGGCCGCCGGGUGGCCGGCCAGACCAGGGCGACGCCUCUUCUCGCCUGGUGCAGGAACAGCGCCAGCAUGAACCACUCCUCGGCCACCGCGCGGCGGGAGGAGGAGCAGUACAAGGACGUGCGCGCCCCCGCUGCGACGAUGACGGGGGCACAGGUGGAGGCGGCGCUGAACCGCAAGAACGUCGAGGUGCUCCAGGGCGAGGAGCACGUCGCCACGGUGCUGUCCGACGAGGCCAUCGGCGGCGCGCUUGACGGCGGCGAGGACGCGUCGUGGGUGCCCGACCAGGACACGGGCGUCUUCGGCCCCGCCCACGUCGAUACCCACGGCGGCGGCUCGGCUGCCGCUCCACCGCACCUGUUCGGAGGUGCCACGGAGGGGUCAGCGGCGUCUUGGGCCGACCAGGACACGGGCGCCUUCGUCCCCGCCGAUGCCGAUGCCGACGCCGACGCCCACGGCGGCGGCGCGCAUCCCGCCCCACCGCAGCACCUGUACGGAGGCGUGGGCGGGCCGGCGUCGGUGCUGGACCAGACGGUGUUCGUCCGGGAGGAGGAGAUGGAGGACGUGGAGAGGCCCGCCGCCCUCUGACAUGGCCAAUGCCAACGCAGACGUCAACGGCAGCAGCAAGAACAACUACUACUCUAUUAGUGCAACUUAGCUCCAUCGAUCAGCCCGUCCUCUGUAGUUUCAGUAAGCCAGUUAUUGUACUGCCUUUGCCUCCGUAGUGGUCCAGUGUUGUAUAACUAAAUAAAUCACAGGUGAAUCUAUUCUGUAACGUUCACUUGCUUGCUUACCUAUUUACUCCCUUUGUUCCGGAAUAAUUGAAGUUCUGGAUUUGUCACAA